GCAGCAGCCCCCAGCCCUGUAAUGGGCAACAUGCCCCCCAACGACGGCAUGCCAGGCGGACCCAUGCCCCCUGGUUUCUUUCAGGGGCCUCCCGGCUCGCAGCCGUCACCACACGCACAGCCUCCCCCACACAAUACCAGCAACCCCAUGAUGGGACCACACGGCCAGCCUUUUAUGUCUCCACGAUACCCCGGUGGACCACGACCGUCUCUUCGCAUGCCAAAUCAGCCUCCUGUAGGAGUUCCAGGUUCACAACCUCUCCUGCCAAACAGUUUGGACCCGACCAGACCACAAGGACAUCCUAACAUGGGUGGCCCGAUGAGAAUGAACCCUCCCAGAGGAAUGGGUGGCAUGGGCCCUCAGAACUAUGGUGGCAUGAGGCCUCCUCCUAACUCUCUAGGUGGACCAGGCAUGCCAGGAAUGAACAUGGGUCCUGGAGGACGUGGCCCGUGGCCGAACCCCAAUGCUAACUCGAUAGCAUACUCCUCCUCGUCUCCAGGCAACUAUGUGGGUCCACCGGGAGGAGGCGGUCCACCAGGGACUCCCAUAAUGCCAAGCCCAGGAGACUCCACAAACUCCAGUGAAAAUAUCUACACUAUGAUGAACCCUAUUGGACCGGGAGGAAACAGACCCAAUUUCCCCAUGGGUCCUGGUCCAGAUGGCCCAAUGGGCGGCAUGGGUGGCAUGGAACCUCAUCAUAUGAACGGAUCGUUAGGCUCUGGUGACAUGGAUGGGUUGCCAAAGAACUCGCCCAACAACAUGGCAGGCAUGAACAACCCACCCGGCACACCGCGGGACGACGGAGAAAUGGGAGGCAACUUCCUCAACCCAUUCCAAAGUGAAAGUUAUUCACCCAACAUGACGAUGAGUGUGUGAUUUCGUCUGAUAUCGUUUUAUUUGGGCUUUUCUUUUUCGUUUUGUUUUCAAACCUUCUCCAACAACCCCCCGUUUCUUUUUAACCCUGCCCCCUCUUGUCAACCGACCCCCGGCACCCUCUGCCCAUCGGAUCUCUGGCCUUUUCUGCACAGCCUUCUGGGACAUCCCACGAGCAGAGGACUCACAUGAAAGUGGCCCAUCCCGGCUUGUGCAAAAUGGCCACCAGCAACAGGAAACAGCCCCAGAGCCACAGGAAGAGCUUGUUGACUGAAUCUCCCUGCCUCCCGGACUUCCUCCCUAGUUCAGGACACUAACAGGGCUGAACACACACAGGAAGGCAGGUGUAUGUGUGUUUGUAUGUUUAAGCAGUUUCACCGGGCUGCUCGCUGUAUGAUCUCUACGAACUCACUCCACUUUUUUUGAUUCAUUUUUUUAAAAUCUUGAGCGGAUGCAGUCGUUUUUACAGUGGAAAAUAUCUGCACCUUUUUUCCUCCAUUUUAUCGUGUAAAUGCAAAAGGACACUCAUCUCGUUGGGUUCGGCAAUGAACUUUUUCAUUAUUCUGUGUAUGUAUUGUAUUAUUAUCAAUUGUUGAUUUAAUUUUUAUUUGAAUAAUAUUGCAAUGAUGAUUAUUGGUUUUGAUCAUUUUUCUGAAAGGGGCACAUUGUAUGUAAACCAUGAAUUUGACAGAAAAAGCACACAUCCAUAAUGCACAAAAACGUGUCAUGGCUUCUGCCAGAAGUCUGCACUACGUUUUGUGUUUGCUGUGAAAUCUUACCUCCCGCUGAUUAAAAAGGUAUCUUUUAUUCUA